ACUUAAAAUGAAAGGAAUUUGAGCUCAUCCAUUUUGUUGAGCAGGUGAAUCAUGAUGCGUUACUAUCUGUUGCCCUUGCAAGUCACUAGGAGCGCAAAGGAAGUCUUUUUCAAAGAUUGGAUACGUCUUUUUCUCCCUCUUCUGGGUGCUGGUCACAUUUAUACUGCUUUAUACUGCUGAAGACGUCUUUGAGUGGGCACAUGAUGACAUUAAUUGCUCUAAAUGGAACACAGCAUGAUUUGGAGCAAGUGCUGCAGUUAGGAUGUCAUUUGUCCUGAUGCUUUUCCACAUACUGGUGUUUGGUAUUGUACUCCCUAAGCAGAACUGUUCUGCCUAUUUCCACGAUGGAUGAUGGCUCACCAAAUUCUUUAUAGUACUCUUAGCUUUCAUCAUUUGUUUCUGGAUGCCAAACGAUUUCUUUAAAGGAUAUGCAUAUUUUUCUCUGGUGGUCAGUUUCUUCUUUCUGCUAUUUCAAGGAAUAGUGAUCUUAGGAGCCUGCUAUGUCUUCAACGACACAAUGAGAGCACGAGCAACCAAGGAAAACAAUUACGAGGCCGUUCUCAUAAUGUUCGCGAUAAUGCUGACACUCAUUAGUGUGAUAUUUAUAAUUCUCUGCUUCGUUUGGUUCCACGAUUGUUUUGCCAACAAUCUAUUAAUUCUAAUCCCGGUGAUAUUUGCAGUAAUUUGAGUUUUUCUGGUUAUCCUCAAGACUAGAGAGAGCGCAUCAUUCUUCAUAGCAUCAGUGAUGCUUAUGUACCUGGUGUACCUGACCUGGACAGCUCUAGCAUCAAGACCCACCUGGAAAUGCAAUCGUUUUUACGGAAGAAAUCAUGGAACAGUUUUUCAAAUCCUUGUUGGAUUGGCCUUCACCAUUUCGACCUUAAUGAUUCUUGCUUUUAGCAAAAGAGAAGGUGGUGAGCAGAAAGAGCAUGUAGAAAACAAAAUAAAAAACAUGGUAGCUGAAGAAAAAUAUAGAGACGAAGAGAUGGACAGAACUAAGAGGGGUGGUGAGGUAGAAAGAGCCAACGUCUUCCCUGUCUCCCACUCCACUAUCGUCUUCCAAGUUUUUAUGAUCUUCGCGAGCAUCUACUAUGCCAUGCUUCUCACCAAUUGGGGAAGACCAACGAUAGAGCACACUCACUACGGGUAUUUCCUUGACGAAUGGGCUGGAUUUUGGGCAAAGAUAGUCUGACAAUGGGUUAUGGCCAUCAUAUUCCUCCUAUCCUUUAUCGCCCCAAAGAUUUUUAAAGACGGAAAAUGGUAA